AUGCGCCGGCGUCUAAUCUCUGCCACAGCACGGCUCCCACCGGCCGGGCCAGGGCAGGCAACCGCGCUGGCGGAAAUGUCACAGGCUGAUGCGGCCGACCGUGCUGGUCGCGCCUCGAUCAGCUGGGGUUACAGGCGCGGGCAAUUGGCCUGGCUGAUGCUUUCCGCCGAAAUGCCGAUGGACUACGACCAAAACGGCUCGACCAGCGCGAGCCGCUCGGUCGAGUUCCGGAACCGCUAA